UAAGUUUCAGAGGCCUCUGUUAUCCCGUGUGUGCGUGCAUAUGAAAGAGAGGCAGAGCCACCUGUUGGUGGUCACCUCAGUCCCCACUGCGCCCCUCUCUACAGUCUAGACCAUCGUCUGCAUGGUAUGGCACAGGGAUAUGCAUACAUAUGCUAGACAACAGCGGAGCCACAAGGCAACACACACAUACGCACAAGAGCUCUUGCAGUAUUGCACCCGUCUGCCAUCUAUAUAGCCUCUAGCAUUUGCUCCCUUAAGCUGUUUCUCUAAUUCCAAGCAUACUACCAUCCUCCCGUUCCCUAUCCAUCUUCUCAUUUUGGGGCAGGGGGGUUAUGGCCAGUGGUAUCCCCACAACAACCUCGAGCUCCCUGCUCCUCUUCUUCCUCCUCUCUUGCUUGCUCAUCGGCCAUGCUCUCUGCAACCAAGGCCACCAUGGCAGCAUCUCAGGUGCAGACUAUGGAGAACAAUAUGCUCACCAGGGAUUACCUGAAGAACAUAUAGACCUGCAAGAGAACAUCAAGCAGGGUCUAAACAAGGAGAAACCGCCCAAGUAUGCAAGGAGAAUGCUGAUUGGUUCAAUUGCUCCCAUAUGCACGUACAACGAAUGCAGGGGGUGUCGAUCCAAGUGUACCGCUGAGCAAGUUCCGGUGGAUGCAAAUGACCCCAUGAAUAGUGCCUAUCAUUACAAGUGUGUCUGCCACAGGUGAUCAUUGAUGGUUAGUAGGAGCUUCUAUGAUAUGAUAUGUCUAGUAGAGAGUAGUAGUUUUCCUUCAGUCUCCUCUUCUUUUCCUUCUAUUCUCUUUCUCUGUUAAAAAGGCUUCUUCUUUUUUCCUUUUUCUUUUUUACUAGAGGUUAACUAGUAGCAGACUGGAGGGGCAUUUUGUACUGUAAGAUGUCUAGUUCAGCUUGUGAACUAGUAAUUUUGAGAGUGAAUGGUCUGAAAUUUUGA